AUGCGUGAGAUUGUUCACCUCCAGACCGGUCAGUGCGGUAACCAGAUUGGUGCCGCUUUCUGGCAGACCAUCUCUGGCGAGCAUGGCCUCGACUCCAGCGGUGUCUACAAUGGUACUUCCGAGCUCCAGCUCGAGCGCAUGAAUGUCUACUUCAACGAGGCCUCCGGUAACAAGUAUGUUCCUCGCGCCGUCCUCAUCGAUCUCGAGCCUGGUACCAUGGACGCUGUCCGUGCCGGUCCCUUUGGCCAGCUCUUCCGCCCCGACAACUUUGUUUUCGGUCAGUCUGGUGCUGGCAACAACUGGGCCAAGGGUCAUUACACAGAGGGUGCUGAGCUCGUUGACCAGGUCCUCGAUGUCGUUCGUCGUGAGGCCGAAGGCUGCGACUGCCUUCAGGGUUUCCAGAUCACCCACUCUCUCGGUGGUGGUACUGGUGCUGGUAUGGGUACUCUGCUCAUCUCCAAGAUCCGCGAAGAGUUUCCCGACCGCAUGAUGGCCACCUUCUCCGUUGUCCCCUCCCCCGGCAACUCCGACACCGUUGUCGAACCCUACAACGCCACUCUCUCCGUACAUCAGCUCGUUGAGAACUCUGACGAGACCUUCUGUAUCGACAACCAGGCCCUGUACGAUAUCUGCAUGCGUACCCUUAAGCUGUCCAACCCCUCGUACGGUGACCUUAACCACCUCGUCUCCGUCGUCAUGUCCGGCAUCACCACCUGCCUGCGUUUCCCUGGUCAGCUCAACUCGGAUCUUCGCAAGCUCGCCGUCAACAUGGUUCCCUUCCCCCGUCUUCACUUUUUUAUGGUCGGCUUCGCUCCCCUGACCAGCCGUGGCGCUCACUCGUUCCGCGCCGUCUCCGUCCCUGAGCUUACCCAGCAGAUGUUCGACCCCAAGAACAUGAUGGCUGCCUCUGACUUCCGCAACGGUCGCUACCUGACCUGCUCUGCCAUUUUCCGUGGUAAGGUUGCCAUGAAGGAGGUUGAGGAUCAGAUGCGUAAUGUGCAGAGCAAGAACGCCAGCUACUUCGUGGAGUGGAUCCCCAACAACAUCCAGAACGCUCUUUGCGCUGUUCCCCCUCGCGGUCUUAAGAUGUCGUCUACCUUCAUUGGUAACUCGACCUCGAUCCAGGAUCUCUUCAAGCGUGUCGGUGAGCAGUUCUCUGCCAUGUUCCGUCGCAAGGCUUUCCUUCAUUGGUACACUGGCGAGGGUAUGGACGAGAUGGAGUUCACUGAGGCUGAGUCCAACAUGAACGAUCUUAUCUCCGAAUACCAGCAGUACCAGGAUGCUGGUAUUGAUGAUGAGGAAGAGGAGUACGAGGAGGAGGCUCCCCUCGAGACUGAGGAGCUCAUGUAA